UCUGUUCAUCUGUUGUAGUCGUCGGUUUUCAGCUAUCUAUGGUAUUAUCUAUAGACCAAUGAGUUCGCGCCUUCGUGUUUGAUUUUGUUAUUUUUAAUUUGUUAUUAAUUGUUAGCCUGCUGUGGGCUUGUAAGUUAUAAGUUCAAAGUUGUAACUUUAAUGAAUAAUCUAAUAGCAACUUCAACCGUUGAAUUUACGAUGGAAAAACAAUAAUUUUAAUGGCGAAUGUACCACAUUACUACCAUGACAGUGAUUACUACUACUUAUUUAUCUAAUAUUUAAAUUGUUUUACUUCAUAUAGUGUAACUUCUUAUAGUAUAACUUCAUAUAGUAUAACUCACAAUAAUGAGUGGUCAAGAAGAGGAAUAUUACUAUGACCGUAGUAUGUUUUUCAAAGAAUUGUCGCAAAGUAUUGAAAGAAACAAGUUAUCAACUAAUAUAUUAUUUAGUAAUUAUCUAAAUGAUUUUAAAGAUAUCGUCCAACACAAUGGAUUAAUUCAUGAAGAGAUGAUUAUUGUUUGUCAAUUAUUGUGUACUGUUGAUUUAAGUGUACAAAAUUUUAGACGAAUACUUUUAACACUAGUACCAGAAGAGCCAUCAAUUCCCCAUGAUAUUUGUGAAGAACUUAUAGUUUGGGCAUUAUCAGCUUAUCGCCAAAAUGUUAACGAUGCAACAAAAGCUCAAUGUAUAUUAUACUGGAUACUUUAUGUGGUUGAAGAAAAAUUAACUAAUAUGGAUAUAAUUGAUAAGUAUUAUAAAGUCUUAUUUCAUCUCUGUAAUUAUCAAAAUUUAAGUCAACCAGUAGCUGGAAUUAUUUAUUGUUUGACAAAAUAUGAUGAUGUUCAAAAGUGGAUGAUAACAUGCUGUAAGAAUAUUAUAGAGGGUUCAAAGUCUGAACCAUAUCUGAACAAAUUACUGACUUUCUUUGAAAACCCUAAUUUAAUGAACAAUACACGACAAAAAGGACUUUUUGAUUGUAACAAUACAUUUUGUAAAGAGCUUGCUUGUGGUUUACGUAGUGUUCGAAAAGAAUUAAUGAAUAUACAUCCUCAGUCUACACAUACUCAGCAACUCAUAGAAUAUGAAAGAAAGUCCUCAUAUACAUUUUAUAAUAAAAUUCAGUUUGUGGACGUAAAUAACAAAUUUGAAUUUCCAAGUACUGAAGAAUUAGCAAAAUCAUUCAUAAAAGAAUGUUCUUCUAAUAACACCUUGACACUUUUGGGUAGCGUGAGUGGUUGGUGUAAAUUACUUAUGAACAAUGACAAAAAAUUGAAUUUACAACAAAGAUUUUCAAAUAAUUUAUACCAUAGUCUAGAUCAAAUCUUUUUAAGUAAUGAAGUUAAUGUAAAAUCUACACAAAAAUCAAAAUUCUUACAUGAAAUUUUGGAAUUUCAAAAAUUUGCACAUCGAGGUUUGGCAGCAGUUAAUAUUUUCAUAUUCCAAUACAUUAUCUCAUGGGAUGGAAUAGAAAAUAGUCGUGUGAUUUAUGAACUUUUCGAAUACCUAACAUUCACUUCAGAAGAAGAAUUAAAAAAUAGUUUUUUAGAAAAAUUGUAUGCAAUAUUCAUUACUGGAGAUGAAUUGAUUUAUCGAAUGGUAAUUAAUUCCUUGACUAAUCUUCUUUGUAAUUUGUAUUUUAAUUCAAAACAAACCAGAUCAAAUAAAAACUGUACAUUAUUUGGUGAAGAGUUAAGAGAAGAAACAGAAUUUGAAGUAGUAAAAUGUUUGACUAAAUAUAUAUCACAUUGGUGCUCAAUUUGUAUUUAUAAUUAUCCUCAAGAAGAACAGUUAAAACAUACAGUUUAUACAUUUUUUGAAAAAGUAUCUGUUUUAGAAAAUUUGAAACCAACCAUAUGGCCUAUUUGGACAAUUAUGCCUCAAAGUGUUUUUUAUAAUGGUUUAAUGUCAGUAAAUAUAUACUGGUUAGAUAGAUUGUCCAGACUAAUGCUGAGGCAUAUAAAGUUUGACACCAGCAGAAUCGAGGAUAUAGCAGAGUCUCCAUCAGUUUUAAGAAUGUUACAAUUGUUUGACAUGUACAUGGCAGAUUUUUAUAAUGCUCUCCACACUGGAGUGUUGUUUGAUAAACGUGAAGAAGGAUUUAUUUUUAAAUAUUUAAAUGAAGAUGAAGUUGAAAAAGAUUUUAAAAUAGUGAAUUUAAAUGUAUGCUUUCAAAUGGAAAAACAUAUUGCUCUAGCUCCAUAUUAUAUGAACGCCGAACAUACAGUGGAGGAUCCAUUGGAGGAUUUACUUCGGACAGAAGCUCCAAAUUUACACAUGUUAAUUUUUAUGUUAAGUCAAAAUUUGCAGAAUGAUUCUGGAAAUGACAUUUCAACAUCUUAAUUUUGGGUUAUACUAUGAACAAAAAAUAUUUAAGCAAUAUUGGUUGUCAGUAGUGUAUUGAAUUUUAAUUAUUUUUUUUUAUAACAAUCGUUCAUAGAAAUUAAAAUUAUUGAUACCAUUAAUAGGAUAAUAUUUAAAUAAUUUUUUACAAUAUAUUUGACUUCUUAUAUAAUGAGAUAUUUGUUUACAAAAGGAACGUGAAUUUUUUUUCAACAAGCCAAAAACUAAAGUAGAGUCAACGCUCUAAUCGUUUUUAUAUCAUUUCAUACAUCAUGGCAUUUAUGGUGUACACUAUAUUAUUUUAUAUUAAUUAAAAGUGUUUGUUUUUCAUAAAUUAAAAACACAAAUUAUUUUUGUCAUAAAUUCUUUAUAUUUUUAUUUUUAAUUUAAUUUAAUAAUUUUUAAUACUGUAUUAUAAUUUAUAAGUGUAUAAUUGUAUAAAACUUGACAAUUGAUCAUUAGAUUGUUAACUAAAAUUACUUUAAGAAAAAAAAAUAUUGAUUUACUUAAUUUUUUUCAAAUAAAAACAGUUUUUUAAG